AUUUCUCGAGUUCCAUUUCUGGACCACGGCAUCACUCUGCUCGGGUAGAGUGACAUCCAUGUCAGUGGUAACACAAGCCAUCGCCGCAUGAUUGCAGCCCUAGAGGAUCUCAGCACAUCUUAUCCGUCAUGGGUAUUGAGGUGACUCGUGUCCUGCCUCCUCAUCUGCAGCCUGACCAUGAAAUUCAUGUCAUCGUGUCCAUCCUCUCAGGCCGGCAAAAAGCCCAGGAGUAUUACGAUGAGACGCUGAAGCCAUGGCUGGACGACCACAAACUCCAAUACGCCACGCAUACCACAAAGUCGGCCCAGACCAUCAUUGAGCUGACCAAAUCACUCAUUCUUCCCAAUGCAACACAGGGUGUCAAGCAGACCUUGAUCCUCUUAUCGGGAGAUGGCGGGAUCAUUGAUAUUGUGAAUACCCUGAACACCGAAUUACUCCGAAGGAAGAAUGACCACCAAACAAGGGCAGGUUACACCACUCCCGUGGUAGCACUGGUCCCAAUGGGCACGGCAAAUGCCCUUGCAUGGAGCUCCAAAGUCGCACAAGACCCUCUAGGGGUUCUGUUGAAGGGAUCUCCUAAAGCACUGCCUGCUUUUCAAGUCUCUCUCAGUCAAGGUUCACGCCUGGUCACCAAUGAAGGUCAGAGCAGGGAGAUAAUCACCUCUACUCAAGGCCAGGACAUCGUGGUAUAUGGAGCGGUCGUUGCCAGUUGGGGCCUCCACGCUAGCCUUGUAGCCAUGAGUGACACGGCUGAAUACCGCAAACAUGGCCUGGAAAGGUUCCAGAUGGCAGCACAAGAACUGGCCAAGGACCUCCACAUCUACAAGGGAAAGAUCAAGUGGAGGAAAGCCGGGGGAGAAUGGGUGCAGAUUCCAGGAUCAGAACACGCCUAUCUCUUGUCCAUCAUGGUCUCGAAUCUCGAAGAGCAUUUCCAAAUCUCACCACACAGCAAGCCGCUCGAUGGUUCACUUCGUCUCUUACACAUUGGUCCGGAACCGGUGAGUGAGAUUAUGCGCAUCUUGGGUCUCGCGUAUCAAGCUGGUGCCCACGCCAACGAUAGCAAGCUUAGCUAUCGAGAGAUCGAUAGCAUGCGCAUCGAGUUUGAGGAAGAUGACGAAUUAUGGAGAAUGGUCUGCGUCGACGGUAAGAUCAUUGCAAUUGAAGAAGGUGGUUGGAUGGAAGUCAAGAGGCUCUCUGGCACUGGUAUUGAAGCAGGAAAGGUGGUGGACCUUGUUUGUUAGAUAUGCACCUUGGAGGUGCUUUUGAUGAUGCCGAUAGAGAUGAUUGUACUAGACGAACUCCCGAGUGGGCAAUGAUAUAGACUAGAUUGUCGAAGUUGGUACUUGAAA